AUUAAGAUGUGUGGAAUAUUGGCUAUUUUAAAUAUAAAAGGAACAGAAGUAUAAGUAAGAGCAAGAGCUUAUGAGCUUUCUAGAAGAAUACGACAUAGAGGUCCAGAUAGAUCAAAGAUAAUAGUUCUUGUAAUAAAUUUUAGUAAUUUUUAGGAAGUAAGUCCAGGGUUAUAUCAUGUAAUUUCCCACGAAAGAUUAGGCUUAGUUGAUUUGAGUGAUAGAGGAAGGCAACCUUUUUAAAUGAUUGAUGAUGAUAACAUAUUCUACAUGUAAAAUGGUGAGCUUUAUGAUUAUUGGGAUGUAAGACCAGAAUUGGAGAAGAAAUACCACUUUAGUAGUAACUCAGAUACAGAAAUAGUAGGAAUGUUAUAUAAAGAAGUAAGAAUUAUAUAUAAAAAAAAGUAUGGACCAGGGGCUUUUUGGAAUCACCUCAAUGGAAUGUUUGCUACAGUUUUAAUUGAUAUGAACACAAAAUCAUUUCAAGCGGGAAGAGAUCAUAUAGGAAUAGUCCCUCUAUAUUAUGGAUUUAAUAAAGAUGGAUCCCUAUUUUUAUCAUCAGAGUUAAAAGGAAUUCAUGACUAAGUCAUUGAAGUUAAAUAGUUCCCUCCAGGUAAAUUAAAAUAAUAGUAUUUAGGACAUUAUAUUGAUGAAACCUGUACUAUUAAAAGAUGGUAUAAUCCAAGUUGGCAUAACUUUGAUCUAAUUCCAACAGGAGAAAUAAAUUUUGAAGAAUUGAGAGAUAGGUUUAUAGAAGUAGUUAAAAGAGAAGUUCAAGGAGAUGCUCCAUUUGGAUUGUUUAUUUCAGGAGGGUACGUAUAUAAAUAAAAAAAUUAUAGUGUUGAUUCUUCAAUAGUUGCUGGUAUAGUUGCUAAAUUAAUAAAGAAAGGAGAUAUAGAUUUAAGUAAGAGAGGAAUGAGAAAAGUUCAUUCCUUUUGUAUAGGAUUAGAAGGAUCUCCAGAUUUACAUUUUGCCAAAAAGGUUGCUGAUUUUCAUGGAUUUGAACAUCAUUCAUUCACUUACACUGUUGAUGAAGGAUUAGAUUACAUUCCUGAAGUCAUUUAUUAUACAGAAACUUUCAAUAAUACAACUAUUAGAGCAUCAACACCUAUGUACAUGAUGUGCAGAAGAAUCAAAGCUUUAGGAAUAAAAAUAUGCUUAACAGGUGAAGGAAGCGAUGAAUUAUUUGGUGGAUAUCUAUAUUUUCAUAAAGCACCAAAUAGAGUGGAGUUUCAUUAAGAAUUGAUUAGGAAGCUUCAUGAUCUUCAUAAAUAUGAUCUAUUAAGAGCAAAUAAAGCAUGUUUAGCCUGGGGUAUUGAAACAAGACCUCCAUUUAUGAAUAAAUAAUGGAUUGAAUAUGUUAUGUAAAUUGAUCCUAAAUAUAAAAUGAUCAAUGCCUUUGAACCUCAAAUGGAAAAAUACAUUCUUAGAAAAGCAUUUGAGGAUUUAGAACAUCCUUUUGUUCCCUAAGAUAUCUUAUGGAGAUAAAAAGAACAAUUUAGUGAUGGUGUUGGAUAUAAUUGGAGAGAUGGUAUUAUAAAGAGAGCCAAUCAUUUAAUCUCUGAUUAAGAGUUUUCUCAAGCAUCAAUCAAAUAUCCUAUUUCCACUCCCAGAAAUAAAGAGCAAUACUGGUUUAGAUAGAUAUACUCCUCUUAUUUCCAAAGUGAUAGUGCUGUCUUAACUGUUCCAUUUGCAAAAUCUAUAGCUUGUUCAACCGAAAAAGUAAGCUAAUUUUAUUAAUCUUUAGGCAUUAGAAUGGGAUGACGCUUUCAAGAAAAAUACAGAUGAAUCAGGUAGAGCUGUUUUAGCUGUUCAUAAUGACGCUAUAAAGGAAACCAUCUAGCAAGAUGAGGACCGUUCAACUGAAGAUAUUUCAAAAGCACAAGAACAUUUCUAAUUAUGAGAAUCAAUACAUGUAACCAU